AUGUCUCUCGAGGAGAGGUUGGCCAAGAUCAAAUCGCCGAAUCUCCAGAGUCAACAGCAUACUGCCGUGGUUCUGUCCUCGAUCGAGGAAACCCUCACUGAGCAAAAGACGAAAUUUACUCCCACGGCGUACUUUGCCGCUCUCCUCGCCCUUCUGAAACAAUCUACUUCUCCCGGAAGUGAUAAUGAGGUCGUCACCUCGACCAUUUAUCUCCUCGACCUGAUCACCUCGCACGUCCCCGCGGGCCUCCUCCGAUCACAGUUUACCACGAUCCUGUCCUUGCUGGGACCCUUCCUAAACGCCACUUUACAGAAUGGACCUUUGCUACGGUCAGCAAUAGGAUGUCUGGAGUCGUUGCUGAUUGCCCAAGAUGCUGCGGCAUGGAACCUUCCGCAGACCCAGGCCAGCCCUUGGCAGACCAUCCCUGUGUUGCUCACGCUGGCUAUUGACUCGAGGCCGAAAAUAAGAAAACGCGCGCAGGAGGCCAUAACACAUAUUCUGAAAAAUCCACCACCUGGUCCUGCGAUCGAUCACCCCGCCGCCGAAAUGUGCGCAAUUGCUGCCCAGAACAACCUGAAGAACGCCGUGGACCAGGUACACCAGGUACGGCGGCAGAAGGGUCGACCGGACGAUAGUCACGAGCCUGCCGUGAUUCAUGCUUUGCAGUUGACCAAAACUAUUGCAGUAGCAUCGGGUGGAUGGCCAAGCAAAAAGAUUGAGUCACUCUGCCAGUUGCUCCUGUCCAUAUCCAGAUCGAAGAAUGACUAUUUGGUUAUGAGCGCUUUUGAAGUGUUCGAGGUGAUAUUUGAGGGAAUGCAGGACGAGGUCUCAUCCUCAAAGUUGCCACGCUUGCUGGAAGCAAUAGUGGAUCUGAAACCUCCUCAGAACGACUCUCAGCUGCUUCCGCCCUGGAUAGCAAUCUUAUCAAGGGGCUAUGGUACGGCGGCAGUCGUUGAACCCGAAGACACCUUCGCCAAGCUGCCGGAGCUCUGCGACCUAGUGAGUCCGUUUCUCACGAGCCCAUCUCACAACAUCAGAGUCUCGGCAUCGGAGUGUCUCAUUUCGUUCUUUGCCAAUUGCAUCCCGGACAGCGUCAUAUCCGACCCGUCAGUAUACGAUGAAAAGGUGUUGGAGCAACUCUCAAAAAGGGCCCUUGACCUCUUGGCCGUAAAAUAUCAGACAGCCUGGAUAGAAGUCUUCAGCGCAUUGAGUGCCGUUUUUGACUCUCUGAGGUGGCGCGGGGAUCCAUUCCUGCUACCUAUCGUCAAGGCAAUUGGUGAGCUACGGAGUUAUGAGGGAUUUCAAGGCAAGAAGGAAGCAGACGAGGUCCUUGGGCAUGCCAUCCGCAACCUUGGUCCCGGCGCUGUAUUAAGCGUCCUACCUCACAACCUCAUCAGACCACAGCCAGGCCAGCCUGGUAGAGCGUGGCUUCUCCCCCUACUGAGAGACCAUGUCUCCAACACGAACCUGGCACAUUUCAGAUCCGACCUAGUUCCCCUCAGCGAGGCGAUGUAUCAAAGGGUAAUCAAUCAUGGCAACGCUGAGAAGACGAUGGAUAUCAAGGUCUUUGAGACCGUGGUGCAGCAGGUCUGGGCUACAUUGCCAGGCUAUUGCGAUCUUCCUCUCGAUCUGCAGACAGCCUUUGACCAGCCAUUCGCCGAGAUGCUCUCGAACCUCCUUUACAAGCAGACAGAUCUGCGAGUCGAUGUGUGUCGAGGUCUGCAAAAUCUGGUGGAGUCGAACCAGGCCCUCCUAGCGUCAGAUCUGUCAGACGAGGUGCUUUUGCUCGAACGUCGACUACAGAGGUCUGAUGCCGAGAAGAAUAUUCAGCACCUGUCCCAGUUUGCGGGCAACCUUUUGGCUGUCUUAUUUAAUGUCUACAGUCAAACACUGCCUCAGUCUCGUGCAUACAUUUUACGAUGUAUCAACAGCUAUCUCAGCAUCACGCCCGAAAAGGAUUUGGUGGACACUUUUGAGCGAGUGUCGACGAUGCUUCAAGAUGCACUUCCGAAAGCCGAUCAGUCACUUCCCAAAAAGGAACCGCUUCAGCCAUCCGCCAGCAGACUCCCUCCGACCUCUCACACAUUACUUGAUCUUGUUAUUGCGCUUUCUGUUCACUUACCAAGAUCGACAUUCUCCUCGCUCUUCGCCAUCUCCUCCAACAUCCUAACCAACCCGAUAAUACUCAAAUCCGAUCCGCAACUCAUCAAGAAGGCUUAUAAACUCAUUCCGAGGCUGUCAACUUCCCCCACCGGUGCAGAGGCGCUUGCUGCCCGUAACAGCGAACUGCAGGAGUUGAUUCUUCGAACUUCAGAAACGACACCCGUUCCUGCCCGCCGAGAUCGCAUCCUCGCGAUUGAUACGCUUGUCUCCUUCCUCCCUCUUACCGACCUUCAUUUUAUUCCCAGUAUGCUCAGUGAGGUUGUCCUGGCUUGCAAAGACAGCAACGAGAAAGCCCGAACUGCAGGAUUUGACCUCCUCAUUGCUCUCACGGAAAAGAUCUCCAGCCCAUCCAAUCCUCCGGGAACAAUGAUCCGCAACCGCCUGGUACCACACAUGCCAGAUGAUUCCCCUGACGCACCAGCAACUCUUGAGGAGGUUUUCACCAUGGUCAGUGCGGGGCUGGCAGGUGUGGCUCCGCAUAUGGUAGCCGCUAGCAUCAUUGCACUCAGCCGGCUAUUCUUCGAGUUUCAUACACGACUAAGUGAUAAGACGAAGGAGGAGCUUGUCGAUACCGUUUGCAUAUUUUUGCAGUCGAACAAUCGAGAAAUUGUGCGCGCGGUGCUUGGAUUUGUCAAAGUUAUGGUCGUGGUAUUGCCUACAGAAAUGCUGGAACCCAGAAUGCCCAGUAUUGUCCCCGGGUUGAUGGUGUGGAGCAAAGAAAACAAAGGACGGUUGAGAGCCAAGGUCAAGGGAAUAUUAGAUCGCUGUCUGAGGAGGUUUGAUUCAGCCAAGGUCGAAAGCUGGGUCGGGGGCGAUGAUCGGAAGAUGGUUGUUAACAUCCGGAAACGGAGAGAGCGAGGACGGCGGAAGAAGAAGGGCGAUGGAGAAAUGGACGAAGAUGAGGAGACGACGACGACGAACAAAUAUGACAAUGAAUUCGAUGAGGCUGUCUAUGGAUCGGACGACGACGAUUCCGAGAUCGCAGGCAGUGACGAUGAAGACGACGACAAUGCUGCCAUGUCAGGAGUUUCCUUCAAGAAAUCUUCAGUGGAUGGGAAGAGGCGAAGAAACGAACAGUAUAUUCGCCAGGACGAAGAAGAUGACGAGCCGCUUGAUCUCCUGGAUCCACGAAGCAUGGCGAGCAUCGCCACCAAAAAACUCGGACGACUGAGGGAUGUACAACCGGGAACGAAGAAAACGAAAGCACGAUACAAUGAGGAUGGCAAGCUGGUCUUCAAUGGCGAGCAAGAGGAUGAAGGCGGCGAUGUCGAUGUUGUCAUGUCUGGGUCAGGGAACCAAGACAACUCGAUCAACGCUUAUCUCGACGCAGUUUCCGGCGCCGAUGCGGUAAGAAGAGGCCAGAAAGGAAGGCUGAAGGUCAAAUCCGGGAUGCAGAAGAAAACAAAGCAAGAGACUCGCAACCGAGACGAUGAGGAAAUGGAGCUGGACGUUGAAGAGGCAAGACAGGUUGCCAGACAGAUUAUGCAGGGCUCCGGAUCUCCCAAGUCGCCCGGAGGAAAGGGAAAGGACCCGAAACAGCAAAGACGGGGACUGGGUGUUGAGAAAAGGAGAGACCAGUCUGAGAAGCAGCAAUUCCGAGGCAGAAGCGGUGUCAGUAGACGAGGUGGUGGAAGAGUGCGAUUUGGAGGCAGGGGUGGUGGUAGGCGAUGA